UUCUUAAGGGAUUUUUUGAAUCAAAUGAUUCCUUGAAAGGGAGUUGUUGUCAAGUAAGCGCAUCUUUGGACGCUUCAAGGGUUUAUAUGGCGGCCGCCCUUUGCUGAAUUUAUUCAUAUUUUGCCCGCCCGCAUUUUCGCCCAAAACUCACUCCUUUUUGGCGCGAUUUUCAAUGUUAGUGUCUCGAAAGAAAGACAGUUGGACGCUCUUCAAGUUAUCUUAAGGCAGCUUUUGCGUCCGACCCCAAUUGGAGGGGCUGCGCCCGAUUAUAAAGUUUCUUUCCCUUUCCCUUUCCGCCAACCGCGUUUUUGCUCGCAGGCCCUUUCGCUGAUCGCCCCCUGCAUCACUUCUAUGCAACAAAUGAUAAAAAUCUUCCAAAAACGUUCGGUUUGACAAAAACAAAAAAUUUGGAGAUGCCGGGGAUCGAACCCGGGGCCUUUCACAUGCAAAGCGAACGCUCUACCACUGAGCUACAUCCCCGCUUGAGAUAGUUGGCAAACCACUGCAAAUCCUUCUUGAUCAUCUCCGGCGCAGCCCCCCAAAAAAACCCCUUUGGGGAUUGAUGCAUUGAGAAAAAUUGCUGACGCAAUUUUUCACCCGGGAUUUGACCAGGGACUUUUCCUAGCUAGCUAGCGCUAGCCUUCAGCCGCCAUCUUGGUGUGACCACCCUCCACACACGCGGUAGUCAAGGCAACCUCAUCUGUUGUGCGCGUCUAACCUCAAUCAAAGGGGGCCCAAAUGUGCGAAGUGUCAGCGCAGAAUUUCCCGGCGCUUUUCCCGGAGAUCAAGGGGCGCCUGGGGGCGGCGCGCUUCGUCGCCCUCGACCUGGAGUUCAGCGCCCUGAAUCCGCGCCCCGAGCACCUGCCCAGCAUAUUCGACUCGCCGGACGUUCGCUACGCGAAGCUGCGCCUAGGGCUGGAGGGCGUGGUGCCGCUGCAGGUGGGCCUGACGGCGUUCACCUUCGACUCGGCGCUGAACAGCUACAGCGCGCACAGCUUCAGCUUCCAUGUGCAGCCGGCGGCGUUCCAGGGCGUCAAUCGCUGCUUCCUGCUGCAAACCAGUUCGCUCGCCUUUCUGAAGCUGCACAAUUUCGACUUUAAUAAGUUUGCUUAUGGCGGGGUGCCCUUCAUCAAUCGGCGGCAGGAGCAGGGGCUGCGCGAGCUGAUGGGGCAGGACCAGCUGUCGGAGCUGAGCGCCAGCAAUGCGCAGGAGAUUGCAGAGAUCGUGAGCCGCGAGGGAGCCCGCGUGGCUGCGUGGUUGAAGCGGGCGCAGCCCGGGCAGGAGCUGGCGCUCGCCGAUGUGCCCCCUGAUGAGGAGGUGCGGUUCUUCGUGCAGCGCGCCCUGAGGGCGCGCUUCGCCCCCCUGUGGACGUGCGUGCACAACGGGGAGCUGCGCGUGCAAUGCGUGACUGCGGACGAGUUUGCGGCGCUGGACGCCGCCCAGCCCCUGGAGGAAGCGCUGCUGGAGGGGCUGCUGGGCUUCGCCCGCGUGCUGAGGCUGUUGGCCGAGCUCCGCGUGCCCCUGGUGGGGCACAAUCUGCUCCAGGACCUGCUCCUGGUGGUGGCCUGYUUCGAGCAGCCGCUCCCCGAGUCCUACUCGGCCUUUAAGCGCSUGGUCCAGGCGCUGUUYCCGCWGGUGUUCGACACCCGCCUGAUCUCCCAUAAGGUGCGCAUGGCGCAGCCCGAGGCGCAGCGCUGGAACGACCGCUGUCUGCAGACGAUGUUCGAGUUCUUCCAGCAGGGAGCCGCCAGGGGCGGCAACGCGCCCAGGGUGGUCCUGGCGGGCGCCCAGGACAGUCCGGCGCAGUUCCACAACGCCGCCUGGGACUCCUACUGCACGGGCUACGCCUUCAUCCAGCUCGCCCACAUGAAUAUCAGCGGCCGCUACCCCAAGGCCAAGCAGUUUGUCAGCAGCGAGCUGCUGGCGGGGCUGCGCCCCUUCGAGAACCGCAUCAAUCUGAUCCGCUGCUCAGUGCCGUGCAUGAAUCUGGCCGGAGCCGAUCCAGAUAGCACGAGGCCGCCGCACUUAGUGAUUGAGGCGCGUAAAAAUAGCCCGCUCAACGUACGGCAGGUGACCGAGCUGCUGAGCCGCUUCGGCUACGUGGAGGUGCGCAAGCUGCGCCCGCCCCGCACGGCACUGAUCGCCUGCGACAACCACGGCAACGCCAAACGCAUCCUGCGGGAGCUGCGCCACCAUCCCCAGUACCGGAUUGGGCCGUACGUGGCCUGGAAGCACUCCCCAUUGGUGCGGCCGCUGCUGCUGGGGGCGUUGACGGUGUCCGGCGCCCUGUUGCUGUGGCAGCUGCUCCAUGUGGCCAGCCCCCCUGGAGCCCCGCCAGUCCCCGCCUGAACGCCCCAGUUACGCAAGGUAAGCGGCUAAAAAUAGCGCUCAGCUCCCUCACUGGUGUGAGUCAAUCGCACAAAUCGGUUUUCAUAUUUAAAAAUAAGCCCUUCGGGGGCCACUCGAACACCAGAUACCACUCGCGAUUGACGUCAUUGCUGGGGCGAUGACAUAAGAGUGGCACGCAUUUUCCAACCGGGCCCGACAGACAAGAGGCGAUUUUUGUCGGUCGGGCGAGAUGGUUUAUUUCGAGAAUGCGAAUUGUCGCGACCUUUGCCAAAGCCCAGGCCGGCCGGAUCGAACUGGUUCGAGUGCAGGGGCGCACGGUGCACAUCGGGAAAAAAAUCUGUUAAUUGAAAACUAUUCAAAUUCCCGUGGAGCACCACCGCAAAGCCAGAACACGCCACACUGGCCAAACGUAAAUAUUUAUUUGGAGGUUAUUUGGCGGCAUUUUACGGCCGAUAUUAAAGGUCGCCGCAAAUUUAUGAUCCGGCACAUUAAAUCGCAUCGUAAAGUCGAAUUUUUGCUAAUUUAUCGCGCUCCAUAUUCAAUAAUCGUCGUUUAUUUUUUUGCGAGUGUGUCCGAGCCCGCUUGAUUUAGAUGCCUGUUUUUCAUGGCGCGCGCGUUAUUUUUAGUUGAUGCCUUUUUUCGAGUAUUUCAACUUAAUUUAAUAGAUUUUUUUAAUUUCCACCACCCGUCCAAGACCAAGAGGGACGCUUUGGCGACGCGCAUGAGCGAUGACGCGGCUGAUGGGUUUGACAGUCCGGGUUGUCUGAUCUGUGGGAAUAUAGAGUGUGAAGGAAUGUCAAAAA